UCAGUAAGAACGUAUCAGAAUUUUGAACUUACUGAUAAAGAAGAGUUUUUGGAUGUGUAAUUUGACAGAUUUAUAGAUUUUUGAAUGAAUAAAUAAAUAAAAGCAGCAGAGGUGUAGUGUGUACUAGCCUUGGCCUGGACUGACUGUGUGGUACUUGGUAAUGGCACACUUUAUACCAGGUAAAAUGGAUGAACCGUUGACGUGCACAGGCCUGUAUAAUGAGAAGUAUGCAUGUGGAGAUGCAGAUUAUCACUUUCCUAUUGAGGAUUAUUUUCAACAUUUGUACAUUUAUUACAAUGAUCAUUUGGAGAGCCCCACAGACAUGAUGCUGCUGAAAAAGGAGCAGAAGGAUGCUGAGCUGGAUAAGAAGAUUGAGGCACUGAGAAAGAAGAAUGAGGCCUUAAUGAAGCGCUAUCAGGAGGUAGAGGAGGACAAGAAACGGGCAGAGCAAGAGGGAAUGGCACUGCAGGGUCGAAAGGGCAAAGUUGAAGAUCUGACCAUCACCAUUAAGUCCCCGACUGAGAAGCGGUUGGUAACCAAGAAAGGCUCAGGAGACACAAGUCCCAAGGGGCUGCAGAACCAGACAGAAGGACCAUCCAGCAGUUUCAGUGCUGGACGUGGCAAAAGGAGGCAGCUUCUAGUUACAGCACCAGCAAACACCAAGGGGAAGAGGUCGGUCAGUGAAAGUGUGGAAAACAACAGUCCUUUCAGCCUAGCAGAGAUCAAGCACUCAGCUGAGGGGGGUGAUGAAGGGGAUUCUACUGCAGAAAAAAACAAAUGCCCUAAUGCCAGAAGAGCCUCACAAACCAAGGUUGGAAGAAAGCAUGAGCUGAAGAGCCGGGGUGAUGGGGCUCAUCAUGGAUCCACACAGUAUGAUGGCUAUUCACAGCAGAGCGAGGGGUCUGAUGCACUGUGCAACCCUGACCUCAACAUCGCCACGUCCAGUGAGGAGCAGCUGGAGUACCUGCGGUGGAAACAGGAGCGGGAGCUUAUCGACCGAGAACGUGUAGCCCGUCAUAAAAACUCUCAGGGUCAGUGGAGGAGAGCCUGGGAUCUGGACAAAACCGAGUUUAUGUAAGACCUCGCCGUCGCUACCCCCGCAUGAUUUAUGUUUUCUGAAUGCCUUAUCUACACACUGUCUACACAUUUGUCUUGUUCUGAGUCUUUUCCUUGUGUUGUGAUUUCUCUUUCCAUGUGAGUACUGCUCUAAAUGAUAAAUAUGUUUUUUGGUGGAA